UUUCAUGGGAGCCGCAGGAAGCAAGACGGGAGGAGGCAAGGGAGGAGGUGGUGGUGGUGGUGAGGAUCAUCUGAGUGCAGCAUGGAAGCUUGGAAUGGCAGGAGGAUAUGGUGCUCUGAUCGCCGUCAACGCCAUGGCCAUGAAUGGAACAAUGGGCCCAACCAACGCCAAGAUCUCUGGACUAUGGCCGACGAGCAUCACCCCCGCCGGCUACGCGUUCUCCAUAUGGGGCAUCAUCUUCCUGCUGCAGGGAGGAGGAGUCAUCCUCUCGCUCAUCUCCAGCUCGGACAGGUCCAACGUCAACCAGAAGAAUGCUGCUGCUGUCUGCAAGCCAUGGCUCAUGAUGUGGGCGGCGCAGAACCUUUGGCAGCUUGUCUUCGUGCAUGCUCCCCUGUCGCAGAAUGCUCCUGCAUCAUCACAGCUUGCUAUCUUUGUUCCAUGCAGCUUCUUCCUCUGUGCAGCCUACGCUAGUGGCUUAGAGGCAUGCAGACGCUUGAGGAAGGUAGAGAGCAACGUUGCGAGUACUUUGUUUCUGCGCCUUCCUUCUGCCAUCAACGCCGGAUGGCUGAGCGCCGCCUCUUGCAUCGGGAUCGCACUGGUUGGACAGAGCAUGGCAGGAGGGAAGGAGGAGCUCGGCGCUGGUCUCCCUGUGACACUUGCUGGCAUGGCGAGCGUUGGGGCGAUCGCAUCCUUCUACUCAUGGGGGGCAGGGGAGGGGAGGGGAGGGGAGUCAGAGAUGGGAAGGUUGAGCGUGGAGAGCACGAGGAGAGGAGGUGUAGCCAUGGUGUAUGUUGCUGUUGUGACGAUUCAUUUCCCUGGUUCUCUUCUCACCGUUGUCUCAGGUUCUCUUUCCCUUGGCUACGCUGGUGCUGUAUCCUGGGCUCUUGCUGCCAUCCUUCGUGGCUCCAAUGCUUCUCCCUCCGUUCGCACGGCCGCGUCAGUGGGGAUCGGCGCCAUCGGCAUGGCGGCGGGAGCUGCGAUCUUGCUGGCGGUACUGAGGAAGGGAAGAGGAGAAGGAGAGGGGAAGGCAAAACCUCUUGCAGCUCAAAGCAUGUGAUGAAUGCACAAUUUAGGAGGG